CGGCACUGCAAUGUUUUUGUGCUGAGUUCAUGUUGGAACAACGCAUUGCAUACUGCACCACCACUGCAUUUUCACGACCUUACUCUCUCACUAUACUGUUACAACUACGACGUAAAACAACAAACUUCACUCAAAAGCCGGCAUUCAAUUUGUUUUCAAUCGUUGCAUCGCAACCGUCGUAGAAAAUGUCGUGCCCAUUUAACGCAGAGAGCUUGGCUCAACUCAAAGCCUUCACGUCAUUUUGCCAAACUCGCCCCGAGUUACUCCACACACCAGACUUACUCUUCUUCAAAGAGUUUAUCGAAUCUUUUGGCGGUCGCAUUCCGGAACCAAAAGCAAAACCUCAAAAAAUGGAUGACACCAAACCAGAAUCGCCAACUUUAAGCGAUGAAGAUCUCCCGGAUCUCGAGGAACAGAGUGAUCCAGAGUCCGAUCUGGAAUUGGACAUGGAAGGAUGCAUCGAGCCGGACAAGUUCGACGAAUCGCAAAAAAUGGGCGACCCGGACAAGGAGCCCACUGAGGAGGAGCAGGACCAGGCUGAUGAGAUAAAACGCGAAGCUCUCUCGGAGCUGGGCAAUGGUAACAUCGAAAAGGCGAUCGAAUUAUUCACAAAGGCCAUUGAAACAAAUCCGAAACUCGCCAUUUUGUACACCAAGCGCGGCCAGGCUUUCCUCAAGCAAAACAAACCAAAUGCAUGCAUUAAGGAUUGCACACAUGCACUUGAAUUGAACCCGGAUUCAGCAGCCGGGUAUAAAUUCAGAGGCAGGGCGUACAGAUUGAUUGGUAAAUGGGAGGAAGCAGCGAAGGAUUUACGCCAAGCUUGCAAGAUUGACUUUGAUGAACAGUCAGAUGAAUGGUUGAAGGAAGCGCAGCCAUUCGCGUUGAAAAUUGAAAAUCAUCGCGUCAAACAAGAAAGGAAGAAGUUGGAUAAGGAGGAGAAGGAGAGAAAGGAAAGACUGAGGCGGGCGAAGGAGGCUCACGCCAAGGCAGCGGAGCAAAAACAAAAGGGAGAAGAGUCAGGAGCUGGGGGACGCGCACCAGAAGGUGGUAUGCCUCGAGGAAUGGAUGAUUUCAUGAAGUUGAUGCAAGAUCCUGAAAUUAUGGAAGCUUUCCAGGAUCCGGAAGUAGCAGCCGCCUUCCAAGACAUUUCCUCAAACCCAGCGAAUAUCGCCAAGUACCAGUCGAAUCCAAAGGUGCAGGCGUUGCUCUCCAAGCUGACAUCAAAGAUCGGCGGUGGUGGAUUCCCAGGUAUGGGCGGCAUGCCCGGAAUGGGUGGCAUGCCAGGUAUGGGCAACUUCCCACCGCAAGAUGACGGCCUAGACUAAACUAUAAUCUAAAAAAAAAUACGCGUCCAAACAGGAAAAACCUCAUCUAAUCGUUCACAUUCGUCUGAAAAAAUUGCAAUAUCGAUUUAUCGUGCAACAUCAUUGCCAUACAAGCGAAAAAUAAAUUCAUUUAUAUAGUCAAA